UGCUUGAACAUUUUUUUUUUUCUCUCGCUGGAGAAACAGGACAGACGCGUCCGUGCCAAGGAGAAGGCGUAGACUUCCUCCAAACAUUUCCUCUGCCAUCCCCGCUUUCGAGACUCGGUUUUGUGGAAUCUUUGUAACGAGAGGACUUUUUCUUCCACCACCUGGUUGUUUCUUUCUCUGCUAGAAAAACAACAGGGACGGUCUGAACUUUUGCAGAAAUGGAUUGGGGAACACAUCUUUGGGACCAGUAUGAUCACAUCGACAAGCACACGUUGGCAGGCCUCGACCUGGUGGAGCGUUACAUAAAGUUUGUAAAGGAACGGACAGAGAUAGAACAGAGCUACGCCAAGCAACUCAGGAAUCUAACAAGGAGAUAUGCCAAACGAGGAAGCAAGGAUGAGCCAGACUGCAAAUUCAGCAAUCACGCAUCCUUUCAGGAGAUUCUGAAUGAGCUGAAUGAUUACGCCGGCCAACGGGAGCUCAUCGCUGAAAACAUGAUGACCGGCAUCUGUGUUGAACUCACCAAGUAUCUUCAGGAUCUCAAACAGGAACGCAAAACACACCUUUCUGAUGUCAAGAAAGCCCAGCAGAAUUUAGAGACCACCUUUAAACAACUAGAAAGUACUAAGAAGCGAUUUGCCAAGGAGUGGGCGGAGGCGGAUAAAGCCACACAACAAGCUGAGAAAAUCGAGAACGACAAUAAUGCCACUAGACUCGAUGCUGAAAAAGCCAAGCUGCAUGCCCAAGCCCGCACACACACAGCAGAGGAGUGCAGGAACGACUAUGCAGCACAGCUCCAGAAAUACAACAAAGAGCAAAAGUUCUUCUACUACUCAGAGAUACCAAAGAUCUUCAAUAAAAUGCAGGACAUGGAUGAGCGGAGGAUUCAACGGCUGGCGGAGGGAUACUGCCAGUUUUCUGACAUCGAGAAGAAUGUGCUGCCCAUCAUCUCAAAGUGUCUAGAGGGAAUCUCUGCAGCAGGGAUGAAAAUCAAUGAGAAACAGGAUUCGAUGCUGUUCAUAGAGCAGCACAAGUCUGGUUUUGAGCGACCUGGAGAUGCAGAGUUUGAAGACUACAGCCAAGGAAUCAAACCGGCAACCUCUGACUCCAGCCUUCACCCACCUAAAGUGCGCGCUAAACUCUGGCCUUUCAGCAAAAAACAGCAGAAGCUGCCCGCAGCAGAAGAUUUCUCUCAUCUUCCUCCGGAGCAGAGGAAGAAGAGGCUGCAUGCGAAGAUUGAUGACAUCACCAAGGAGCUGCAAAAGGCACAGGACCAAAGUGACGCACUGGAGAAGAUGAAGGGUGUGUAUGAGAAGAAUCCACAGAUGGGAGACCCCUCCAGUCUGGAGCCUCAGAUCACAGAAACUGCUCACAACAUAGGCCGCCUAAGGGGGGAGCUGACCAAAUAUGAGACGUGGCUGUCAGAAGCAGUGGGGGGAGAGGAAUCGUCCAACACCAUCAACAAUAAUACUCGACAUAGUGUUGUAGCAGCUGACCAGUCUCACAACAUCUACACAGAAUUUGAAGACGAGUUUGACGACAUAGAAAGCCCUGUUGGCCACUGCGUGGCUCUGUACACCUUUGAAGGCAACAGUGAGGGCACCAUUUCCAUUACGGAGGGAGAGCUGUUGAGUAUAAUGGAGGAGGAUAAAGGAGAUGGAUGGAUGAGAGUACUUAGAGCCAGUGGAGAAGAGGGCUAUAUACCUUCAUCCUAUGUCAAACUUGGCCCAUAACACACUCAGAGCUUGUGAUGGAAAGUUAAGAGCCAAAGGUGAAUACAAAGUCAUCCAUGAUAAUUGGAGCUUUUCUCUACAUCUUUUAUCUCACCCAGUGACGUGCAUAGUGAGAUGAAUAUGUGAGAUUAGAAAGCUUGUUAUCGAGGCUGAUUGCGAUAUCGAGUCUGUCUCUCUUCGCUGAAGCAGGAGAGGUUGUCAGUCCUGUCUGAUCUUCAUAGAUUUCAGCUCUUUUAAAAACCAAACCUUUGAAUGUAUACCUGAACAUUUUGUCAGUGUCAACUCAUAUAACAGCAUCAUAGUAGCCUACAUUGCUACCCUUCUUUAUGUCGAUAUAGACUGCUGAAUUUUGUCUUUUGGUAACAGCCCUCUAAAAUCUCUUUCCUGACAGGAUACUGUGAGGAGGUUUUUUUUUGUCAUAGUAAUGUGAUGUAUGCCUGGAUGAAAACCACUAUUUUAUAGGGAAUGCAGAAAAUAUAAAAUCUCUUAAUGGACCAUCACAGUGAAGGAUAGGUUCACAUAUAUUUAUGUCUAUCUCAAAGCAAUAGCCUGGUGCCUGUAUGAACACUGAAACAUGUUGUGCUUACUGCAAUAAUUCUUCCUGUUCAUACUGACCCUGAGGAGAUCCCUCCCUAAUGAGCUUCUAAUGUAAGUGAUGGUGAGCAAAAUCCACAGUCCACGUUUUGAAUUAAAAUAUUUCCACGUUCUUUUGAAGCUAAUAUGAGUCAUUAGCAGUCUGAGUUGGACUAAUCAAGUGGGUAUCUGUCAAAGUUUAAGUGUUUUUAAAUACUUCUUUGUAUUACUAUCCCUCCUCUACAUAUAAGCAGGAAAUUCUGUCUGGGAAAACACAAAGAGAAAUUUCACAUUAAAAAUACUUAAACUUCCUCCUAUUAGCUUCAAAUAAACUUUGGAAGAUAUUUUAACCCAGAAAGGGCUGUGGAUAAUCAUAUCCAGACCUCUAAAUCUCACUCAAAUCCUCUGAAACAAUGGACAUUUUAAAAAAUCUUUGCUGUUAUUCUGACUUUAAAUACAGAUAACCUGUUCUACAAAAUGUUCAAAGAAUUAAUGACACCAGGUUAGAUUUAAAAGGGAGGAAAAUGGAGUUUUGUGAUUCAGCUUCCCACUGGAUCAACAGCCUUCUCGUGUUAAACUCUGCACAAACACACCAUUCUGCACAUUAAAGCUCAAACAUCCAAGACAAGUGGAGUGGGGCUUUAAAAAAUCUCGCUCUCUAUCAAUCUGUCCUGCACUAGUUGAUGUUUCCUCAACAUUUAAGGGGUAUUAUUGUAUGACCCAUUUUUAAAAAGACAUAUGUAUUUACAUGUAUCGUUUGAGUGGAAAAAACAUUUGUUGUCUUUUUUGUUUCUUUUUUAGAAUCAUUCAUGAGAAAUAAUACAUGCAAAAAAUAAAGAAAUACAUUUAUUGCAUCAGAAACGAUC